CUUUCCUCCAGUGAAGAAGACGCAUUCUUGUUACGUAAUCAGAAAGCGCCCGCGGACCUGAUACACGAGGAUGUGUUAGUGUUUGCUGAAAUAAGAGUAUUUUAGCGAUUCUUUUAUCAAAACGCGUCCACAGCUGAUCUCACCGAGCUUCAGAGGACGAGGUAAAUCAGAAAUGGGCGACUUUUCCUCCCUCGGUCUGUCAGACUGGCUGGUUAAACAGUGUAAACAGCUGGGAAUCAACAAACCCACUCCAGUCCAGGAAAACUGCAUGCCAGCUAUCCUCGAAGGUCGGGAUUGUAUGGGCUGUGCCAAGACCGGCAGUGGGAAAACAGCAGCGUUCGUGUUGCCAGUGCUGCAGAAACUCUCAGAGGACCCGUACGGCAUCUUCUGCCUGGUGCUCACUCCUACCAGGGAGCUGGCCUAUCAGAUUGCAGAGCAGUUUCGAGUCCUGGGGAAACCUUUGGGUCUGAAAGAAUGCAUCAUCGUCGGUGGAAUGGACAUGGUGACCCAGGCCCUGGAGCUGUCCAACCAACCACAUGUAGUCGUAGCAACGCCAGGCCGACUAGCCGAUCACAUCCGCAGCUCCAACACCUUCAGCAUGAAGAAGAUCCAGUUCUUGAUUUUGGAUGAAGCAGACCGGCUGCUGGAGCAGGGCUGUACCGACUUCACCAAAGACCUGGAGGUGAUCCUGGAGAUCCUGCCGGCCAAGCGUCAGACGCUGCUGUUCAGCGCCACACUGACCGACACCCUGCAGGAGCUGAAGAGCAUCGCCAUGAACGAACCGUUCUUCUGGGAGAGCAAAUCGGAAACACGAACGGUAGAGGAGCUGGACCAGAGAUACAUCCUCACUCCAGAGAAGGUGAAGGACGCCUACCUGGUUCAUCUGAUCCAGACAUUCACCGAUGAGCAUGAUGAUUGGUCCAUCAUCAUUUUUACCAACACGUGCAAGAGCUGUCAGAUCCUCACCAUGAUGCUGCGGGAGUUUAACUUUCCAACCAUCUCUCUGCACUCCAUGAUGAAACAGAAACAACGAUUUGCAAACCUCGCCAAGUUCAAAGCCAGCGUCUACAAAAUCCUGAUAGCGACUGAUGUAGCUGCCAGAGGUUUGGAUAUCCCAACUGUCCAGGUCGUCAUUAAUCACAACACCCCCGGCCUUCCCAAGAUCUACAUCCACAGAGUCGGGCGAACAGCCAGAGCAGGGAGGAACGGAGUGUCCAUCACGCUGGUCACGCAGUACGACAUCCACCUGAUUCACUCCAUCGAAGAACAGAUUCAAACCAAGCUGAAGGAAUAUCCUGUGGAGGAGAAGGAAGUCCUGAAGAUCCUCACCCAGGUCAACGUGACCCGGCGGGAGUGUGAGAUAAAACUCGAGUCAACAGACUUUGAUGAGAAAAAAGAGAUCAACAAGAGGAAACAGCUGAUCCUGGAGGGGAAGGAUCCAGAGCUGGAGGCCAAAAGGAAAGCUGAGCUGGAGAAGAUCAGGAGCCAGAAGAAGAAGUUCAAACAGAAAAUCCAGGAGAGCAUUCAGAAACAGAAACUGAUGAAGAGAAGACAGACGAAAAAGAAAGCGGCGGCGCAGGCAACUGCAUGAAAACCGCCUCAUGUAUAUACUGCACACUGUAUAAUAACCUGUAAUAUUUGUACCUGCAAAUAAAAUUCAAGCCACAGAAACAACUGAAGUUGA